ACAAAUUUAUUAAAUAGAAGAGUAAAUGAUGCGGUCAGAGGUGUCCUAAGAAGAGUUAUUGGUGAUGAAAUGGAGGAAGACAAAAUUCUUCACAUGAGUUUUUGCAAAAGUGUGUGUCCGCUGCCUGAACAACCGGCCCAUUCAAAUGUGUUCACAACCUCUAAGAUGGAUCUAUGCUUGUCGCAUUUGAAUGUCGUUACUUCUACUCAGAAUCUUGACCAGUCGUCUUUUACGCCGACGAUAGAUGGAAGUGCAGACGGUCAUCAAAACAGUCACAAUGACAAGACUCCUCCUCAUUCGGACACCAAAUCAGACUGUUCUUUUGCCAGAUUACACAAUUACGAAACGAGAGCGAAACUCAAAGCUAUGAAAGCAUUGAUAUCAAAAAUGAUGGGUGACCAAAACCGAAACGAAGUCCUGAAACCAUAUGGAGAGUUGUGCAAAGUGGUGGAAUUGUGCUCAUGGUUUGUCCAUUUUGUGGAUAGUUUGGAGAAGUCGGAUAGCUACAAUGCGGAUGUUUCUAGUAUCUCAGAGGAAUCACAGGAAUCAGUUUCGAGAAUCAAAAUUCAAAGGAAAAGAAGCGUGAAAGAAGAAAUGAACCACCUUCAAGAUACGAGUCCCAGUUUAGCACCUGUGGCUGAAGAGACCUUCUACACUUCCGAGAACAGUGGGGGUGCAUCUUUGGAUGGGGGCAAUUUAGUGUAUGCUCCCUGGGUUGACAGGUACUACUAUCCGGCCGAGAUCAAACGAGUAGAAAACGCACCUAAAGAUUCAGCAAAGAAACAUCAACAAUGCACUGUGGUUUAUCACGAACCAGAAUCGACUGAAACUGAUGCAGACCCACAGUCUCUAAAAGACAAUGAAAUACCUCGCAAGCAAGUUCACUACAAGCGAAUAUUCAACCAUGAAAAAUUACCAGUUAGUUCAGUUGUUCACGCCCAGAAAGAUCCGAAUGACUGCACGAGUUUCGAAAGGGGAGUUAUUACUCAGGUUAUGGGCAGUUGCUUCGACCGGACGUUGGCGAAGUUCAACUAUGCAUAUAUGGUGUUGUUUGAAGAGUCGCAGGAGGUUUUGCCGAUGAAAAGAGACCAGGUAAUAAUUGAACUGCAGAACCUCAAAUCAGUGAUGACAAAAUUGUCCCAAGAGAAGAUUCUGUCUCCGAGUCCUAAGAUCAACCUCAUGUUCAAGAGUCUCAGUCUGGAUGCGAAGGACGAAAGGUGGAAGACAAAAUACAAUCCAGCUGACGAUCCAUUUCGGAGACCUUUGCCACCGCCAAUUCACGAACAUGACUUUGUAUCGAAAGAAGACAGCAAAAAAAUGGGAACACCUAGAACUCCAAAGCUGAAGGAGCUAAAAAGAACCAGCAUUGAUCGAUUACUUUCGGACUCGACAGAACAAGCGCUGUCUGCAAAGAAAACUCAUAAGAUUUUCACUGGAGUGUCUUUCAUGCUUACAGGGUACAAGUACAGUAACGAUACUUUCCUAAUGGACGCUUCUUCAUCUGUCAAACAAUCUUGCGAAAGAGAAAUGAGACCAUCUGUAGCAUCUGAUACUAGGAGAAGUUUAGAUCUGUUUGAGGAUACAAACGAAGAUGAAGACGAAGAAUUGGAGCGUGAUGAGAAUUUAGAGCCAGAAAAUGUCUCCGAUCCAGAACUGGUCGAACUCAUUUCCAGUAAUGGAGGUCGAAUUGUACAGCUUGCGGAGGAUUUGGACAAAAAACUCAUAGGCAAAGUGUUUUUACUGGCUCCUAAAUAUGUCCCAACCGUCAACUACCUAUCCGCUUUGGCACUCAAUAUACCAUGCAUAUCAGGAAAAAGAUUCGUCCAAGACAGUAUUUCGGCCAUGAAACUCGUCGACGAAUCGCACUAUGUUUUACCGUCUGGAAUCGACCGAAAAACAGGCGAUUUUAUCGAAUGGCGAAAACCGCAUAGUAGAUCACGUGUUUUUGAUGGUAUCACGUUUUUCCUACCAGUUUCGAUUGGAACAAAUCAUUGUUUGUCGACUGUGUUGAAGUUAUCAGGCGCUGAUGUUGCGUUUAGAGAAAGAUUUACACGGUCACAGUUAGAAAUCGGCCAAUGUUUUGCAAUUGCAACUGACGAAAUGUUAUUUUCGCAAGAAGUUAAAUCGACUUUUGAAGCGAAUUCUGUGCCUGUUGUUAAUGUGAAUUAUAUUGUGGAUUGUUUGGCGUAUGGAAGAAAACUGGAGUUUUUUGAAUAUUUAGUUGAUUGAAUUCAAUUGAUAUUUAUGAAACAUUUAUUGAGAUAUUUACAAAUAGUUGAAAACUUUGAUGUGUAAGUCGCUUUUUUAGUCAUGUGAUGAUAUUUUGAGUUUUAAAAUUUGCUUUUAUGUUCUGCUUGAAUUUACAGAAGA